AUGGAGUCACAGAUCAAGCAUGCUAUUGUGGUGAAGGUUAUCGGGCGGACCGGGUCUCGUGGCCAGGUCACGCAAGUUAGGGUCAAGUUUAUCGAUGACCAAAACCGAUUCAUCAUGAGGAAUGUGAAGGGACCCGUGAGGGAGGGCGAUGUUCUUACCUUGAUGGAGUCUGAAAGAGAGGCCAGGAGUGUAUACCCAACUCACAGAUACACCAAACCAAAGCCGAAGACGAAGCUCGUUCAAAUCUCCGUACCAAAGGGAAAUGUUUUGAGCUCACUCUUGGUCGGGGGCUACCGUCAGAUUCGAAGAGGGAUGCCCGCCGCCGCCUGCUGUAAUAAGGUAAAGCUCCGAACUUUGAAGCUCUUUCCCAUACCCAUGAGCUCUCACUCUUCCCACCUCUUCUCCUCCAAGCCCUCUCCUCAGCUCCUUUCCGACCCAAAUUCCGAUUCUCAAUGUCCCGGCGCCGGAGACUCUCGGGCCCCUCCAAUUUCCGAUAGGUUAUUCGCCGGCGCUCGACAAUCGGGCACCUACAAGCGCGGCGACCCCACAUUUUAUGCCCUCAUCGAGCACCACGCGGGGUCCGCGGAUUUCGAGGCCCUGGAGACGGUCUUUCAGCGGAUGAAGCGAGAGAAAAGAUCCUUCGUCGAGAAAAACUUCAUCUUGGUCUUCAGGGCCUGUGGGAAAGCUCGCUUUCCCGGUAAGGCCGUCGAGCUUUUCCAUCGAAUGGUGGACGAGUUCGGCUGCAAGCAGACUGUAAAGUCCUUGAACUCCGUUCUUAAUGUGAUUAUUCAGCUAGGCGAGUACCGGCGUGCUCUGGAGUUUUACGAUUAUGUUGCUAGCAGUAAGAAGAACAUCUUACCGAAUGUACUGACAUUUAAUUUAGUCAUCAAAGCCCUGUGUAGGCUUGGAUUGGUAAGUCGGGCUGUGGAUGUAUUGAGGGAUAUGCCUCCAUUGGGUUGCGAGCCUGAUGCCUACACGUAUUGCACAAUAAUGGACGGUUUGUGUAAGGAAGGAAGAAUAGAAGAGGCCGUGGCUUUGUUUGACGAAAUGCAGAUACAAGGAUGCUGCCCGGGUGCAGAAACAUUUAACGUGUUGAUUGCUGGGCUUUGCAAAAAGGGCGAUUUGGCCCGAGCUGCUAAAAUGGUCGAUAAUAUGUUCUUGAAAGGUUGCAGCCCGAAUGAGGUCACGUACAACACGCUCGUGCACGGGUUGUGCCUCAAGGGCAAGAUCGACAAGGCGCUCAGCCUUUUGAGUCGAAUGCUGUCGAAUAAGCUUGUCCCGAAUGAUGUUACUUACGGGACUAUUAUAAACGGGCUUGUUAAACGGGGAAGAUCGGUUGAAGGCAUGAACGUUUUGAUGAAAAUUGAAGAAAAGGGGUUCAGAGAGAACGUACAUGCGUACUCGGCACUUAUUAGUGGGUUGUUUAAGGAGGGAAAAUCGGAAGAAGGGCUUGAAUUGUUUCGGAAGAUGAUGGAAAAGAAGGGGCGUGGUGGGCACAAUGUUGUUGUUUACAGUGCUCUUAUCGAUGGUUUGUGUAGACAAGGGAAGCCGUAUGAAGCGGAAGAAUAUUUAUUACACAUGCUCGAUAAAGGUUGCUCACCAAAUGUCUUCACGUACAGUUCUUUGAUGAGGGGUUUCUUUGAAAUUGGGGAAACUGAAAAGGCGAUUUAUUUAUGGCGAGAGAUGAUUGAGAAGAAGGGCUACAUGGAUAACGAGUUCUGUUACAGUGUGCUCCUUCAAGGCUUGUGCAAAAACGGGAAGUUGAAAGAUGCUCUUACAGUGUGGAAGCAUGUGCUGGCCAAAGGGUUAAAACCGGAUGUUGUGGCUUAUAGUUCAAUGAUCGAUGGACUUUGCUGUGCGGGGCAUAUAAAACAGGGUUUCAAUUUAUUCAACGAGAUGCUUUGUAAAGAACCUAACUGCAAACCUGAUGUAAUUACGUACAAUAUACUUCUUAAUGCUUUGUGCAGACAGGGCAACAUUUCUCAUGCUAUUGAUCUUCUGAAUAGCAUGUUAAAUCGAGGCUGUGAUCCGGACUCGGUUACGUGCAAGAUUUUUUUGACGGCUUUUAUGGAGAGGAUUGACAAGUCUCUUGAUAGUGAAGAGUUUCUUGACGAGCUAAUACUAAGGCUUCACAGACGACAGAGACUAGUUGGGGCAUGCAAUGUAAUAGAAGUGAUGCUUCAGUCUUUUCUUCACCCGAAAGCCACCACUUGGGAUAAAGUUGUUCGAGAUAUCUGUAAACCGAAGAAAGUUUUAGCAGCUAUUCAUAAGUGCUGGGGUGAAUUGUUCUUCUGA